AUGUCCGAGACAGGGACAUCCUCAGCAUCAUUCAGGCCUGCGCUGCUCGUCGUGGACGUGCAGGAGGACUUCUGCCCACCCAGCGGCGCCCUUGCCGUCCCUGACGGGCGCGCAGUCGUGCCUGUGAUCAACUCGUUGCUCGAGCUGCCUUUCGUAUUCAAAGUCGCCACGAAGGACCACCACCCCCCGAAUCACAUCAGCUUCGCGUCGAACCACGGGCUCGAUGCGCGCCCGUUCGA